GGCGCUUCGCAGGAAAGGCGGCGUUGGUGAGGGCGAGGCGGUCGCAUUCGGUGAGAGUCUGAUGGGGGUGACUUUUUCUUCAGGUAGAGCAAGAUGGCGAGCGACUGGCCUCAGGCUUCCAGGGUGCCCAGCUUUGCCCAGAUGUUGAAGAAGAACUUGCCUGCACCACCUCCAUCUUCUGUUCAGCCAUCAGCUCCUCUCCAGUCACAAGCAGAACACAACAAAGUGUUUUUCUCAUCUACAGAUAUCUCUGAUGUGUCAAAUCUAGCAUCUAAAUUAACUCCAGUCACAGGGCAGAUUCCUGCUUCCCAGUAUUCCAAAGCUGCACCAGUUGCUCCGAUCACUUCACUUCCUCCAAAGAAAAUUCCAAAAGAAUUUGUUGCAAAAUAUAAAGAAGGAGAAAUAAACCCAGUGUCAGCUUUGCAUCAGUUUGCACAAAUGCAGCGUGUACAGCUAGAAUUAAAGGAAACUGUAACUACAGGGAAUCUCUUGGGAUCAUACUUUGCUUUUUGUGCUGUGGUGGAUGGUAUUCCAUAUAAGACGGGCUUGGGACAAAACAAGAAAGAAUCAAGAGCAAAUGCAGCAAAACUUGCUCUUGAUGAGCUGCUGCAGUUGGAGGAGUUAGAGUCAAAGGCUUUAGAAAAACCAGGUCCUCCCAAGACCCAUUCAGAAAUGUCAGUUGUAGCUGAACCUCGAUCCCCAGCUGGGCCUAGUUAUCUUUCAAGGAUUCCGUGUGAAGGACCACAUCUAGCCUAUGAGAAGAUUUCUCAAGCUGUCAGGGAAAUGUUCAGUAGUUUAACUGCUAAAUAUCUGGAGUACCAGAGUUGUAGUGGUUCAUUGGCUGCAUUUAUAGUAGAAAGAGCUAGGCAGUAUGAAGUAGUAGCUAUUGGAACUGGUGAAUUUAACUACAGUCAGUGUAGUCACCUUGAUGGGAGAGUUGUGCAUGACAGUCACGCUGUUGUUACUGCCCGGCGCUCUCUUCUUAGGUAUUUUUAUAGACAGCUUUUACUCUACUACAGUAAAAAUCCAGCUAUGAUGGAAAAAUCCAUAUUUUGUUUUGAGCCAGCCUCAAACUUGCUUUCAGUAAAACCAAAUAUAAAUAUAUUUCUCUACAUGAAUCAGUUGCCAAAAGGAUCUGCUCAGAUAAAGUCCAAGUCAAAGAUAUGUCUUACCCCAAAUUCUGUAUCUUCGUUUGAAUCUGGUGAGGAACUAUCUCUUCAUGUUGCAGUUGAAGGCAAGAUCUAUCUCACUAUCUAUUGUCCUACGGAAAUUGCUAGAAUAAGCAGUAUGUCUGCUAGCGACAAGCUGACAAGAUGGGAAGUGUUGGGUGUUCAGGGAGCCUUGCUAAGCAAUUUCAUUCAGCCAGUUUAUGUUACCAGGAUAAUGCUUGGGAGUGGAAGCUGCCAUGAUACUAAAGGAUUAGAAAUAGCUAUCAAACAACGUGUAGAUGAAACACUCACUUCAAAACUACCCAUGUUCUACCUGGUGAAUAGACCUCACAUUAGUUUGGUGACUGCUGCUUACCCAGUCCAGUUAGACUUGCAACACAAAUCUCUUAGUGUGAACUGGUGCCAAGGAGAUACUUCAUUGGAGGUAGUGGAUGGACUCAAUGGGAAGACAACAGAAAGUUCACCCUUCAAAAGUGGCAUUACAAUGGCAAGUAGACUAUGCAAGGCUGCAAUGUUAAGUCGUUUCAAUUUACUUGUUAAGGAAUCAAAGAGAAAUGACCUCCUGAAAGCAGCAGGUACAUACCAUGAAGCAAAGGUUAUGGCAGAGUCCUACCAAGAUGCAAAAUAUUUGCUGAAAACCUACUUGGAGGAGCAUGGCUAUGGACCCUGGAUUGUGAAGUCUCCGCGUAUUGAAGAUUUCAGUAUGUGAUAGCUGGCAUUCUAGUUGCCACUGGGUUGGCUCUUGACAAACAGAGAUCUCAUUUUAAUAGCUGUAGAUUAUUCUAUUCAGAAUACUGUCAACUGAUUUCCAAAAAAGUUCUACUUGAACUGACUUGUUAAACUGUAUGGACUAUUUUUAUUACUAUCACUUUUGCCAUUGUGAAAUAUCUGAUGUUAAAGUAGCUUGGUUUUUUCCUAAAUGGUUUAUCAGCUGCAUUGGCUAUAAUACCUCUUAAGGUAUUUGAGCAGUAAAGAGGACUGUGUGAUAAUACAGUCUUUUGCUGUGGUCAUUACCAUAUUUUGCAUUGUUCUUUCUGUUUUGAUUCCAAAGCCCACUGUUUCCCUUUUGUUAACCAUUUUUGUAACCUUUGUCCAUCUCAGCUGUAAGCAUCCAAGCUUAAGGCUCUAAGGAGCUGCUCUCAGUAUACAAGAGUAAGCUUCCUGAAUAAAAUACGUAACUAUCUCCCUGAUGGAACCAUUACUGGAACACUCUAUUCUACAAUUUACAAAUCAGGAGAGGAGUAGUGAUCAGUUUUUGCCUAUGGGAACAACUUUGAAAUUAUCAAGUCGUAAAUUUUCAUUUGAGGUUAAACUCUCUGCAUGAUUCAUCAUUAAGGAGUGAGGUGAAAGUAGUUCAUAGUAUGAGUGCCUUAUCUUUUAAACAUGAUAACUUCAAUUUUCAAUAACAGUAGUAUGAUUUGCUGGAUGGUCUUUGAAUUGUAUACACUAAUGUGCUAAACUAGCUUGAGAUGCUCAGCAAGGCUGUCCAUCCAAGUAGUGCUAAAGUGGAAAACAGGUGAACUGAUUAAUGGGCUGGAUCCUGUGUAUACAUGUUCUCAGUGGUAGGCUUUUCCCCAAAGGACACUUUAAUUGACAUGGGACUCUCUUGCUGGUAGAAAAGCCUCUUGUUUGAGGGAUGAGAGCACUACCAUUAACAGGUUCACAGGAUCUAAUUUGAUAAUUCACAAGAGUCUCUCUGGCAAAAUUUUGCAUUGCAUUGAGGGCUUGAUUCCGUAGUGUUUGCUUAGAUGCAGCUAAGAAUGUUUUCAUAGUUGUAUCUCUUUUUGUAUCACCAAGUAUACAAAAGCAUUUCUCAGUAGCUUUCACAAGGCUAUCGUGUAUGAAAAAAUCCUAAGCCAGUAUAGAUAGUUUAUCCUGUUCGGUAUUCCAUUUCAAGGUAGUUCCCUGUGAUGCUAUAUUUCAGUUUGCUGAAACUUUUUGAGUUUAAGUAUAGAGAUUUGAUAUCAUUUUCUAGUAAUUACAUUUGUGUAUACAUUAGAAUAAAUGUAUAAAAACAAAAGCAGUGACUUUAAUCUAAGCAAUAAAGUUCUGUUGUGAAACUUAUUGGCUGACUCUUUGGU